AUGUCUCAGGCUGCCGUGAACAACAACGCAAGCAUCAGAAGAAAGCUGGUUAUUGUCGGUGACGGUGCUUGUGGUAAAACAUGUCUGCUGAUUGUGUUUGCCAAGGGCAAAUUCCCACAAGUUUACGUGCCCACGGUGUUUGACAACUACGUGGCUGACGUGGAGGUGGAUGGCCGCCGCGUGGAGCUUGCAUUGUGGGACACUGCUGGCCAGGAAGACUACGAUCGUCUGAGACCGCUAUCGUACCCAGACUCGAACGUGGUGUUGAUCUGUUUUUCGAUCGAUCUACCUGAUUCGCUCGAAAAUGUGAUGGAAAAGUGGAUCUCGGAGGUGCUACAUUUCUGUCAAGGCGUGCCUAUCAUUUUGGUUGGGUGCAAAGUGGAUCUCAGAAACGACGGCCAGGUGAUCGAAAAUUUGAGAGCCAAUGGCCAGGAACCUGUUUCGCAGGGCUCCGCCCAGGAAGUCGCCGAACAGAUCGGUGCCGUCGAAUACAUCGAAUGUUCUGCCAAGACCGGCUACGGAGUGCGCGAAGUUUUCGAAGCUGCCACCAGGGCUUCGCUCAUGGGCAAGCAAAACAAGACCAAGAAGACCAAAUCUUCGGGCAAGAAGAAGAAGAAGUGUGUGCUAUUGUAA